AUGAUUCCUCUAUCGCUCCUUCUUGGCUUGGCCGCAUCUUUGCUGAUCCUUCGCUAUGUGUGGUCUACCUGGGUUCAUGCUCGAAAGGCCCGUAACUGGAGAUGUGGCACCCUCGUUCGCUUUCCAACUGAUGCUUUGGGAAUCGGUCCGCUCAAGGAAGCUCUCAAAGCCGACAAAGAGGGAACACUUCCUUUAAACCUGCUACACCGAGUCAACGUCUUGUCAGCCCGCGAGAAGCGCCAUGUUCAAACCUGGGUCAUCCGCAUGGUCGGUCGUGAUAACAUCUUCACUUGCGACCCUGCAAAUAUCCAGGCGCUACUCGCCACCAAGUUUAAGGAUUUCGCGCUGGGUCCUGCCCGUCGGGACAGUCUACACCCUUUGUUGGGUACUGGCAUUUUUACUUCUGAUGGCGAGGUCUGGGCGCAUUCCCGCGCUUUGCUUCGGCCACAGUUUACUCGUGAUCAAAUCAGUGAUCUAGACCUGGAAGAACGCCACCUCCAGCAGGCUCUGCGUGCGCUCCCCGUCGACCCUGCUACUGGCUGGACCUCCACAACCAACAUCCAGAACAUCAUCUUCCGUCUCACCAUCGACUCGGCAACGGAAUUCUUGUUCGGUGAGAGCUCAGCUAGCCAAGGAGAGGCACUUCGCAACGGUGGAAAGCUCCCCGAAGACCACUUUACAGGCUACUUCGACCGCGGCCAGUGGUUUGCCUCGCAGCGUGUCCGCUUCGAGAAAUUCCAUUGGCUAGUCAACAGCAAGGAAAGCAGAUACGUCGACCAUCGAGUGCAUUCAUACGUCGAUCGCUUUGUCAACAAAGCCCUAAAAGCCGCUGCAGAGGGCAAACCAGCCUCCCCCAACUACAUCUUCCUCGAAGCCCUCGCCGCCUCCACGAAAGACCCCAUCGAACUACGCUCGCAACUCCUCAAUAUCCUCCUCGCCGGCCGCGACACCACGGCCUCCCUCCUCAGCUGGUCGAUGCUCAUGCUCGCCCGCCAUCCCGCCGUCUUCCAAAAGCUCCGCGCCAUAAUCCUUGCCGACUUCGGCCCCUACAGCCCAAACUAUGAUAACAUCACUUUCUCCGCCCUGAAGUCCUGCCGCUACCUACAGUACUUUAUGAACGAGGUCCUCCGCCUCUUCCCUUCUGUCCCCGUCAACCGCCGCAUUGCCAUCCGAGACACAACCCUCCCACAAGGCGGCGGCCCCGACGGCAAAUCCCCCGUCUAUGUACCCGCCGGCCAGCAAGUCCUCUACAGCGUCUUCGUGAUGCAACGGCAGAAGGAACUUUUCGGCGAGGACGCAGAGGUCUUCAAUCCUGACCGCUGGGUUGAUCGCCGGCCGGGGUGGGAGUAUCUACCUUUUAAUGGCGGCCCGAGAGUAUGUUUAGGACAGCAGUUUGCACUUACAGAGGCCGGGUAUGUGCUUGCGAGGUUCUUGCAAAGGUUUGAUGCGAUUGAAGAUAUGCAGCCAGAGAAGGAGAUUAGGUAUGGGCUUACAUUGAUUGUUACCCCGAAGGACCCGGUUACGGUGAGGUUUCAUGAGGCGCCAGCUGCUUCUUGAGGUUUUCUAGACUCUGAGAGUUUGUUUGCUUGUGCAUCUGGAUUGUUGUCUAUAAGCAAGGGUGGUGACUUUUUCGUUUCCGUUUGCUUUUCGUUACACAAGUUAGGGCUACGUGGCACUGGGUGUCUUCAGCGUUCGAGUUCUGGAUAUCUUGAAUAAUUCAAUAAUGACUGUC